AGCCGCUGAUUGGUUCAUUGGUUGUUUGUCUGUGUCGCUGCGCGCGCAGCGGCGGCUGCUGCUUCCUGUUCCAGAGAUAAACAUCAGAGUUUCAGGCCGCCACACCUGGAGGAGACCUUCACAAUAAGAGCACGGAACACUGAGUCAUGGCAGGAACGUCCAGACACGACCGAGCGAUGGCCCAGAAGGCCAGGCAGCAGCUGUCGGAAUGUUCUGACCCGGUGGAGCGGCUCCGGCUGCAGUGUCUGACCCGCGGCUCGUCUGGGAUCAAAGGCCUGGGCAGGAUCUUCAGGAUCAUGGACGACAACGAGAACCGCUCUCUGGACUUCAAGGAGUUCCUGAAGGGCCUGAGCGACUACGGGCUGCUGAUCGAGAAGGACGAGGCCUCCGCCAUGUUCCAACACUUCGACCACGACGGCAGCGGCUCCAUCGACUUUGACGAGUUCCUCAUCACCCUGAGGCCUCCCAUGUCCAAGUCCAGGAAGGAGGUGGUGAUGGAGGCGUUCAGGAAGCUGGAUAAGACCGGAGACGGCGUGAUCACCGUGGACGACCUGAGGGGCGUCUACAACGCCAAGUACCACCCAAAGUACCAGAACGGGGAGUGGACCGAGGAGCAGGUGUUCCGGACCUUCCUGGACAGCUUCGACUCUCCGUACGACAAAGACGGGAAGGUGAGCAAAGAGGAGUUCCUGAACUACUACAGCGGCGUCAGCGCCUCCAUCGACAGCGACGCCUACUUCAUCCUGAUGAUGAGGAACGCCUGGAAGCUCUGACGCCGCGUGAAUUAUGACACAUUUAUGAUGUUUUACAGUGAUCACUGAUAUAAUAAUAAUAAUAAUAAUGUUAUUAAUGUUUUACAGUGAUCACUAUAAUAAUGUU